CACACGACAGCGCAAAUCCCUCCGGCUCUGUAAAUCCAUUCAUCCCCUUUUUGAAGAGAUUGCUGGCCAAGACGACAACCUGCUGAAGACUUCCAAGCAAAAACCGUUUCUGACAUGCACUUUGAUAAAUCACCGAAGGAGAAGCCGUGUUGCACUCUGCCCACAGUGAAGAAACUCUUGGAGGAGAAGAGAAAGCGUGAGACGUCCUCUGUGCCACCUUCCUGCGCUACAGCCAGUACAAGUCCUGUUCCUCCAAAUUCUGUUACACUCUCCACAUCAGAACCAUUUACCUGUACAGGUGCAUCAAACAACUAUUCAGACAUGGCAUUGAGCUUUGAGCAGUGGCCCUCAGCAGCAGAGCCAACACUCAGUUACUACUCCAGCCAUCCAGGACCCAGCUAUACCACAGGAUACAGCUUGCCAAUGAUAUCGGAAUAUGGCACACAGCAGCAGCUCCCAGGAUUUAGGGAUACAAUGGCUCAGCCAUAUGAGUGCCCGAUGACAGUUUCAGAUCCCAGCAUGAAUUCGUCUUGGUCACUUCUGGGUCCUAGUGAGAUCACACAGCUGAGUUUUGGUUCGUCGAUGGAUGUCGCCAAGCUGGAAGAGGCCAGAAUGCUGCUUAGUGGGAUGGACUAUAACAGUGCCAUCGAGCAAGACGAAGACGGAGACACCAUCUUGCACAUCUACACUGCCAAGGGGCUCCGAGAGUGCGCCUUUGCUGCUGCAGAGAGGCUGAGGGAUAUAGGGAGUCUUGAUGCUAAAGAACACAAUGGGAAGACUGCUUUACUGGUGGCAGUGACGGCAAACCAGCCGGACAUCGUACAAGACUUGCUGUCAUUAGGAGCAGACGUGAAUGCCUGUGAUGUUAACGGACAGACAGCCCUUCAUCUGGCUGCACACUAUGGCUUCCCAGGGGCUCUGCAGCCAAUUCUGUCUUACAGAGCUGCUGUUAACCUGGAGGCCCGAAAUUUUGAGGGUAUGACUCCUCUGCACUGUGCAGCCAUUUCUCACAGUGUCACCAUGAAGGCUUUGUCUGCCAGUGGGCUGGCAAAUGGUAGCCUUCAGGCCAAGGCUGCAGAGAAGCUUACCUGUGUGCAGAUGCUGCUCAGAGAAGGGGCAUCCCCGCUCAGCCAGGAAAUCAAAAGUAACAAGACUGUGCUGCACUUGGCUGUAAAGGAGGGGAACAUUAAUCUGGUGCGUUAUCUGCUUACGAUUCCCCUGCCGAACAUUAAAGACUUUGUCAACAUGAAAGCUCAUGGUCACACAGCUUUACACAUGGCAGCUGGUCUCCAUGGCAACCCCCACCAGGAGGAGAUCCUGCGGCUGCUGCUGAGCAAAGGGGCUGAUCCCAGCAUCCGCAACAUGGAGAAUGACCAGCCAGCUCACCUGCUGCAGAGUGGCCCUCAGGGAGAGCAGCUUAAGCUCAUGCUGAAGAAACGAAGUGCUUCCUCUCGUCGACGUAACAUGUCCUUGCAGGACCAAGAAUAAUUUAAAUCAACUGUAACCCCAAUGGGAGUGAAUGAGUCUUUAAGAUGAUUCUUCUGUUGAGAAGGGGAUUUGUAGUGAGUUUGUGACCCACAUAUUAACAAAAUAUUUUGGUAUAUAUAUCUUUUGAAAUAAUUCACACUGGAUUAAACAAGUAAUGCUUUAAUACAUAAAGCUUAAAUUACCUCAAAUUUAGUGUCUUUUAAAAGAAGCGCUUUAUUUAUCUUUCCAUGCACAGCCUAAAAUAUGUGUAGUGAAGUAUUUCAUUCCAAAAUGUGAUAAACUCCAUCAAGCAUUUACAGAAAAUGCUCUUACUUUAGCUGACAAACUGAC